UGCCGCGUUGUUCCUCCCCGAGGUCUUUACAUACCGGUCCUGCCUUACAGGUGCCAAGAAAAACUGAUGUUUCCUCUGUGCAGAACGUGUGCAGAGGAAACAAAUCAGAGUCCUUGCACCCAUACAGAUGAGGAAAGAGCAUUGACGGGAACCUGGGUCACAGAGGAAAUGAAGUUGGCUGUGAAGAAAGGGUACCGCAUUACAAACAUCUACGAGGUGUAUCAUUUCAAGACUAGUUCUGACUCUCUCUUUAGGUCAUAUAUUGAUCUUUUUCUGAAGUUUAAACAGGAGAGCAGUGGUUGGCCUAUGGAAUGCACCAAUGAUGAGAAUAAGGCUGCCUACGUGUCCGAGUACGCGGAAAAAGAAGGAAUUCGUCUAAAUCCCGAGACCAUUAAAAAGAACCCCGGUCGCCGUCAAGUGGCCAAAUUGGCUUUAAAUAGUUUUUGGGGGCGGUAA